CGUUAGAGUUGCUAGGUUACCAUCGAUGACUUGGUGAAGUCCCUCCCUCCAGGUUCGUCUCGUCAGUGCUCAGUCAAAUUCCUGCACUCACACUAGUCCACUUGUAAACACUGAGGUCAACUAAAAGCGGAUACGGCAGAUACACGUCAAUGAAUUCCUCCAACCUGAAUUUAACUUUUCAUUCGCUGGUUUCAUCGACUAAGGCUGUUGCUAAGAGAUGACAAUCUGUGACAUUGGUGAGAGCCUCUGAUGUAGAGCAGCCUGAAGCUCGACUGCUCCAGGAUAUCUCUUUUCUCCACACCUCUGUCUGUCUGUACCCGACUCAUGUGACGGAGGCUAUCAUAUCAACAGACUCAUAAAUACCAUGGCAACUUUUACUGCUCCUUGUGCCCUCACCACCGAUAUCACCACCACCACCACGGUGGCCCGAACUGCAUGGGCACUGACCAAGUCCGAGAAUGGGGACGUGGGACAAAACACUAUCGUGGAGAAAACCUACGAGUUCUUCCAGAUGUGUGAUAUCGAGAACAAGGGCUUCAUCACCCGACGGGACAUGCAGAGGCUGAACGCCGAGCUCCCUCUCAGUGCGGAGGAGUUGGAGAAUGUAUUUGAUACACUUGAUUCCGACGGUAAUGGAUACCUUACCCUUGAUGAGUUCUCCUCCGGCUUUAGUGAGUUUUUAUCCAGUCAGAAGAUUACUGUAGAGGAAGGCAUGGGGGAGAAGAACGCCUGUAAAAGCCCUACAGAGGUCCUGUACCAGACCCAGUGGGAGGAGAGCCUGGUAAGACGAGACGAGGAUGAAGAGGAGAAACACUUCUCCAUGCUCAUGGAGAGCCUCGGAGCCAACAGUGUCUUUGAAGAUCCUGCUGAGGUGCGCAGUCUGUGGGCCCAGCUGCGCAGAGACGAACCUCACCUUUUAUCCAAUUUUGAGGACUUCCUGUCCAGAGUGACAUCCCAGAUCAUAGAGGCCAACCAGGAGAAGAGGGAGAUGGAGAGCGCUCUCAAAAGGAAAUCAGCAACACACGAUGAUGAGAUCCAGCGCCUUUAUGAGGAAAUGGAGCAGCAAAUAAAAACAGAAAAAGACAGGAUUGUGCUGCAGGACUAUGAGCGCUUUCUGUCUCUCAGUCAAGACCUGGAGCUGCAGCUGUCUGGAAAGGAGAAAGAGCUGGAACAGCUCUUCCAGAAACAGAGAGGGUUGGAGCAUCAAUGCCAGGACCUUCACAGUGAACAACAUGUGACCAAGGUGGAGAACGUGAAGCUGAAGCACACGAACGACGAGUUAGCACGGGAGCUGGAUCACACCAGCCAAGAGCUGGUCUUGGCACAGGACCAGCUUUGUCUGCUGCAGGAGCAGUCCACACGGCUUCAUGAGGAGAAGGAGAUUGAAAUAUACAGACUGACUGAGGGACUGCAACGAGAGCGAGGAAGCCUCCUCAAACAACUGGACCUUUUGAGGGAAAUGAACAAACAUUUACGGGAUGAAAAGGACAUAUUCUAUCACAAUCCAAAUAAUUCUAAGAAUUCUAAGAAAACGACAAGUUUGAAGCAGAGGCCUUCAAUCAAUGUUAUGAAACACACAAACACGACUAUCUUCAAAAGUGAGGAUGAGGAGGAGAUGACCAGCAGCUCUCUGAGACACAGUCUAGCCAAUGGGUCAUGCCAGUCCUCUUGCACAGCGGAAACAAGAGGGCACCUCCAGAGGAUCAUCUCCAUUGAGGAGGACCACCUACCACAUUUACUCCAGAUUGACUGUCGGGCCCAAAUUCCACUUCAGAAGUGUAGUGAAGAAGAGGAAUCCUCAGACGAUGAGGAGAAUAUAGACUUGGUGAUGAGCGAUAUUUACCCGUGUGCGUCUUCUGUCGAGCAGCAGAAGUCGCAGGGCGAUGUGGAGAAAAGGGAAACGCCCACAUCUCCCAGGGGUCAGCCUGUUGGCAAGGAAACCAGCAUAAAUGAGGAACGUGGUCCCUCGCCGCCCGACCGCCUCUUCAAGGUCGUUCUGGUGGGGAACUCCAGCGUAGGAAAGACAUCCCUCCUUCGGCGAUUUUGCGACGACUGCUUCCACCCUGGCACUUCUGCCACUGUGGGUAUUGAUUACAGUGUAAAGACAAUAUCUGUGGACAACAGCCAGGUGGCACUGCAGCUGUGGGACACAGCAGGACAGGAGAGGUAUCGGAGCAUCACCAAACAAUUCUUCCGCAAGGCUGACGGUGUGGUUGUGAUGUAUGACAUCACAGCGGUGCAGAGCUUCACAGCUGUCAGACAGUGGCUGACUAGUGUAAAGGAGGGCGCAGGCGAAGACAUCCCCACCAUGCUCUUGGCAAACAAAACAGACAAGGAGAGUGAGAGACAAGUUCAGAAAGGAUUGGGCGAAAGACUAGCCAAGGACUGUCAAAUGACUUUCUAUGAGUGCAGUGCAUGCUCCGGACACAACGUGAUGGAGUCCAUGAUUCAGUUAGCCAGAAUCCUGAAAGAGCAAGAGGACAGAGAGAAGGAGAAGACGGUGCAGCUGGUCGCCAACAUCCCCUCAGAGAAGAAGAGAGCCUGCUGCUAACAGUUAAGCAGCUGACACGUACACAGCACUACGCUUUACUCAGAUACACAAUGUGAUCGUGUGACCACUGAUGACACAUGAUUCUGAAUGUCAGCAUAUAUAUAUAUAUAU